AAAACGGAAUGUUUCCCUUAAUAUCUUAACCUGGCUAGAGCGAGCGCUGAUGUCGACAACCUCUCCAGUGACUAUGGUCGCAUCCGACACCAUUGUCCUUCCACUGGAACUCUUGGAAGAAAUAUUUGACAUCACAGCUUCAUUGUCGACACAACCGUGUCUCAUACUUUGCCUCGUAUCGUCAUGGGUUCACCGUCGGGUCAUACCAUACCUCAUGAGCCAGAUCGUUCUCGCCUCGUUCACCGCAACAGACUCAUUCUAUAACCAGCUCUUUUAUACGCGACGCCGUGUAGGAAACCUAGUAGACCCUGUUUUACACAUACGCGACCUUUGGCUCCCUGAUGACUGCCCGCUGCUAUCAAACAUCUUCCUCGCGUGCAGAAACUUGCGCUGCGCAGCCAUAGAUAUCCAAACACUCGAGGGGAUGGACGCAGAGAAGCCAGGGGACCGUUAGCACGAUUGCGAUCUAGAUCUACAAUUGCGGGGCCAGGGGAGGAUUCACAAAUCCGAACACUUGAUGAAGGCACACUACAUUAUGCGCAGGAUCACGCAUCUCCACCUUGUCUCCAUCAUCCCGGUUUUUCUGUUUGACCACCUCCCGCGUCUCACCCAUCUGGCUAUUCCAUGGAAUACCAGGACUUCGCCUAUCGCAGUCCCACUAGCCCUGGCUUUGACGACUCUCAAGAUGCUUGUCUUUGUGGUGGAUACCCGCGCUAUAUUGUCGAUUCAGGAUAUGGCCAAGGACCAUACGAGGAUGCUCUGGAGAAACUAUGGAAGGGUUUGAUAUCUGGAGACAGAUAUGGGCAAGGUGAGGGAAGAGUGGGAGGACGAAGGUAAGGGCGGCAAGAGCCUCUGGGACCGUGCAAUUCGGCAGACCACAGAUUGGGAGAAGCGGAAAUAGGAACAGCAUUAGCAGGGUAGUAAAUGGUUCAGAUCCAACAUCUCAAUUCCCAGGUUAUAGGCCCAACAGUGGCCCAACGUAGCCAGCACGGAUACCAUAUCUAGUCGCGCUGGGAGACAUUACGACAAAAGACUUCAGCACUCCCAUUUCCACCAUCAUGAUCAUCAUGCAGAUCCAUGGACUUGACGUACGAUGUCGCUUCUUACCUAGUGCGUGUCAGCUUUUGCGCAAUUGUCAGGUCUUCUGUCUUGUGUCAUUCGCUGCCUUCGCUUUUCACUACUGUAGUUGCGGAUGCUAUACAGUAUAUUCUGCUUUCUAGCAGUAUGCAACAACGCGGGUGUCUGCUGUUCACGCUGGAUAGCCAUAUAUACAUACAGAAUAAUUUGCGCUCGUCUCCUCGC